AUGUCCGUCGUGUCUCGUGCCAGCCGUAUCCGGAACCCCGCAUUGUUCGUCUGCGACAUCCAGGACAAAUUCCGCAAUGCAAUCUACGAAUUCCCCAAGAUCGUCUCAACGACCGACAAACUCGUCCGCGCCGCAAAAAUCCUCUCAAUCCCAACCUACAUUUCAACCCAAUCCCGCUCCAAACUCGGCCCAACAGUCCCCGAACUGGCCACCAAUCUAACCGGCCCGCACAUCCGCGCCGACGUCGACAAAACCCUGUUCUCCAUGAUAACCCCCGAAAUCGAAAAGCAGUUACCCGUGAAAGCGCAAGACCCGCUCGACGUGAUCCUCGUCGGCAUCGAGACGCACAUUUGCAUUACACAGACGACGCUGGAUCUGCUGGAGCGCGGACAUAGGGUUUACCUCAUUGUGGAUGGGGUUAGUAGUAUCAAUGCGGAGGAGAGGGGGAUUGCGUUGGCGAGGUUGCGGGAUGCGGGAGCUACCGUGACGAGUAGUGAGAGUGUGUUGUUUGAGAUUUUGGGAGAUGCGGGACAUGAGGCGUUCAAGGAGAUUAGUGGGUUGGUGAAGGAGACGAAGGAGGAGACUAAGGGGGCUUUAGGGGCCUUGGGGGUGUUUUCGAAGAUUUAG